AUGGCGGCUCCCGUGCAAGCACAGCGCGAGUGCCUGGCGCACGCUGAGCCCCGCCCAGGAGAAAUAGAUAUGAUUGUAGGAAAAGACCGAGAGGGGUUCUUCACCAAUGGGCUGACCCUUGGUGCCAAGAAGUGCUCCGUGAUCAGAGAUAGCCUGUACGUUGAUGGUGACUGCACGAUGGACAUCAGGACAAAGAGCCAAGGUGGCGAGCCGACGUACAACGUGGCUGUAGGUAGAGCUGGCCGAGUCUUGGUCUUUGUAAUGGGCAAAGAAGGGGUCCAUGGAGGCGGAUUGAAUAAGAAGGCAUACUCAAUGGCAAAAUACUUGAGAGACUCUGGGUUCUAGUUGCUAGGCAGACUGUUAAGUAUUAGGGGAAGAUUGCUAUUAAACUUUCCUGGCGGUGAGCUUUAAACCUUACAUUCUGGAAACUUUAUUAGCAAUGCAGGGUGAUGGGGUAUGAACCUGUGUCUCCUUUGUAUCCCUUUGUUGGUGGGGAAAGGUGUUAUUUUUUUCUUUAAUCCUGUUCAUUUCUGUUUUGUUUCCUUGUGUACUCCAGCAUUGGUUAUAGUCAUGGGAAAGGAAGGUGUCCAUGGCGGGACACUCAACAAGAAAGCGUAUGAACUGGCUUUAUACCUGAGGAGGUCUGACGUCUAAGCAGCCUCUCCCCAUCCACCUAGCAACUGUCUUCACCACCACCCAGUUGUGUUCAGUGCUACCAGACCGUAGAUGGUAGUUUGUGUUUUUUAUUUACCCAUUUUCUAAUGUCAUAAUUCCCAUCCCCUUUGUUCAUUUGUAUGUUAACCACUGUAUGUAACCACAUCCCACAUCUGGCACCAUUACUGCACCACGAAGAUGAUAUGCAUGAACCUUGAAAAACUCCUGGGAGGGGGAUAUGCUUUGCUUUGUCUUAGCAGUUAGUGUGAUACUGACAACUAAAACAACUUAGACACUAAACAAGGUGCCGAUUGUACAAUCUAAUUUGAUCAAUGCCUCUUCAGCACUUUGAGCAAUUACACAGCUCACUUAGUCUUCCUUUCAUAGAGCAUGGUCGGGAGGAAAAGAAGUGCAUGCAUAUCUUUACUUUGCUCCCUCUCCUCUUUUGAUUCAUAUUUUGUUUGCUUAACCUAUUUUUAUAGUGCCUGGUUUGUUUAACCAAUUUGCCACUGAAAAGCUAUUAACGUUACAUUAGUUUUGUUGUUGCACUUCACUGUAGGCUUAAGUCUCCUUUCCUUCACGGUGUCUGUGCGUGUAGUGCUUCGUAAGUGCAAUCACAAAACUGCGCGGGGCGGGAUGCGCUUCCUGCGCGCCCAGCCGCCAUCCCCACGGCUCGCCAGGGACCUCCAUUCAUCGUCACAGUAGCUCAGGCACUUAGGGUUUUUUUUUCCUGCCAGCUCCUGUUCUGUAGUUGAAUUGUAAAAGGCUGCCAUUAUGGACAUUAGAAUAUCCCAACAUAACCAUCUGGAGUGUGUCAGGUUUCAGUUUUUCAUAGGACCAAUUUUAAUUUGCAGCUUGGGUCUUUUUUUUUUUUUUCCUCUUUUUUUUCCAAUAUGAAACUGCAAUGUCCUUCUGGAAAACUGCCACCUUCAGCUGUUCAGGGAGCACUGACUGACCCUAGUCUUUCUGCCAGAACACUUGUUGGUGAAGAGCCUUGCUGCUCUGAAGCCACUAUUUGGAUGAAGGUGGGUGGUUUGUAACCUAAACUGUCAAGAUGAUGCCAUUUCAAAUUGAGAAUCUUCAUUUGGCCUGUCACACCCUUGCUGCAGAAAUCAUGAUGUGAACUGCCUUGUGCACUAGUCAUCUGAAAUGUGUGUAACCAAACUGAAUUCAGGCACGGUACUAACUUGUAUGUCCAUUUGAAGAGAACUGCAGAAUUCUGUAUACAAAAGAAUAAAUGGGAGAUGGUGUUGGUUGGAAUAACUGACUUGGCUGUCUUGUGAUGAAUUUUUUAAUAUGUAUUCUGUGCCAUACUAUUGUUUAAAAAAAAAAAAAAAGAACUGUUGCUAUUGUGAGAUGGAUUUUAACUGACUACAAGGGUUUCUUUCGAAUGGCACUACUUUAGGGACAUUAUAGUAUUUGCUUCUGUUGUUGGGCCUUGUGGAUAAUGUACAGAUUUAAACAAAUUCUUGUUGCUGAUUUGUCCAUUUCUUUCCCUGCACUUUGUUACAUCUGG